GCAGAGGAACACACAUAUGUGUAUAUAUACACCAGCACAACUGCGGGGCCAAGGUUUGAGCCCCGGAGGUCCGUAGAAGCCAGUGCCAUCUGGGCGCCUACAUGGUCCCAGAUGUCUUCUCUGUAAUUAAAGUCAGGCCUGGCGUGGCCUGGUCCAGCCCUGUUCCAACCUCUCAUUUACCCAGGCCCUCCCUGAAUACUUAAGGAGCGUUCCAACACAGUAUUUGAUUUUACAGGAACUCUUUGGAUGUAAAAACGAUUUUCUCCUUGUGUCAUCAGCAAAAGCUGCUAGGGUCAAGGUUUUUAAAAUGUCUAUCGCCCGGGAAGCGGCUAAGGCCAUGCUAUCUGAUGCCCUGCUGCAAGAUAGCCCUGGGAUAAACCGUAUCAGACACCUGGAGCUGGAGCUUCCUCUGGACAAGGUCAUCAAAUUUGUAUCUGUCGGCCUUCCACUGAUGCUUGUGACCAUGGCAUUUGCCCGGGAGAUCUCUCUGGGGCCUCAGAUCAGCUGUUUCCCUCCAAGCAAUUUCACCAUAAAGCAGGCCAGCUAUGUGGACACGUACUGCUGGGACUCUCUCAUGCAUCAUGAGUUUAACGGUGAAGGAAAUUUCGAGGAGCGUUCUCUUUGGGUUCACAAGAUGUUCCCUUACUCUCUGCUGGCCAUGGCAGUGCUGAUGUACCUGCCAGCUCUGAUCUGGCGCCAGCUCGUCAUGCCCACGCUGGGCUCAGACCUGCUAUUCAUAAUUGAGGAACUAGACAAGUCAUACAACCGCUCCAUACGAAUGGCUCAGAGCAUCCUGGACAUGCGGCAGAACACCAAGAAUCCUCUCACAUUUCAGGCUGAGCUGCAGAGAGCCAAGAAGAAGCGUUACUUUGAGUACCCCCUGCUGGAGAGAUACCUGCAGUGCAAACAAAAUUCUUACUUCCUUGUGAGCAUGCUUUUCUUGCGGGGUUUCCUCCUGCUGACCUUCAUGACUGCAGCGUGUCUGUACCUGGCCUACUUCCACCUGUCAGCCUUCCUACAGGAUGAGUUCAGCUGCUUCGUCCGCACAGGGAUUCUGCGCGACCAAAGCUGGGUGCCUGAGCUGGUUCAGUGUAAAAUGAUCGGCCAGUUGGUAUUCCAGGUGAUAAGUGUGGCCAACGGUGCCAUCUACGUCCUGUUGGCUCCUAUCGUGCUCUUCAGCCUAAUCCGACUCUUUGUCUGGGACACCACCUUCUUUUCUGUCUACGAGGUCCUUCCAGCCCUGGACCUCAUUAACCGGCGCAGACUUGGCUGCCCUCUCAAUGACCUCAAUGUUCUCCUGCUGUUCUUGCGCGCUAAUGUGGCACACUUAAACUCCUACGGAAAGGUCAGGGCAUUGUGCUCACUGGCGCCGCCGCAGGUGGGAAACACCACAGCAGCACAAGGCAUAAAUGCAAUGCUGAGCCAAGAGGCCAUAGAGGAGCGCGAGGAGGCUGCCAUGGAGCUCGCAGAGGAGGUGGAGGAGGCCAAGGAGGAAGGAAAGCUAAAUUUGGUGGACAUCAUGACUAUUCUGGGAGCUGCUCAGGGAAGAGUGGUAAACUGCAAUGAGAAGAGACCUCUAGUGGAGGAGGAUAUGAGCCUGGGUACCGUAACAUUUAUCUACACAUUCAAGCGCAUUCUGCUAGUGGCUAUUUUUGUUUACAUCAUUUGGGACGUACAAAAAAUCAUCAAGUAAAAAUACAGACUAUGUCAAGAAAUGGUUUUAAUUUUAAAAAAUCUGCAUAAUUCCAUUCCAUCUAGAACCAGCUGAGCAAUUUUAAGCAGAGACUUUUUUUUGUUAAUGACUUUGUGUCUUUCUGCCUUUAUGAGUCUUUAUGGCCCGGUUUCUAAAACAUUAAAGACAUUAAAGACAUUAAAAAUCAGAUGGCAAAUGUAGAAGAGAUGGAUAUGUGGUAUUUCAAAAUUUUCCAGCCCUAACUGCCCUCUCUGUCUCUUCACAGAGCCAAACCACCAGGGGUACCAUGAGUUGAAGGAGACCACACCAUUUAGUCAUUACUAGGCCUCCUGUGGACUGACACAGUGGGGUAAUAGGGGGGUUGACACUGUCGACAGUAGUUUUUCAUCAGUAGUGAACACACUUAGACUGUCGACACCAAUCAUUAGUCUCCUCCUUGGAAGACAAAAAUAAAAACCUCUGUUAUAAUUACAGGAGAAUUGCUUCGGCUGGUCAGAAGGUAUGGAAUGUGUCUGUUUUUGGCAACUGCGUUGGUAAAUUUACUUUCACCUGGAACUACUAUAGUUUAUGGUACCAAGCUGUUGUAAAUAGGUUUAUGGAUACAAUCAUUUUAUUUAUAAAUAUUCAAAUCCAUACAAUUGACUAAACCUGAUGUUACUUUUACUUCAACAUUAUUAGUACAGUUUUUGGAUCUUGCUAUGACUGAAAAAGAUGCAGGCUCCCUCUGGUGGCCCUUCAGGAAUUACCAAGACCAGAAAAUACGUGUGUGUGAGUCAGGCUGCACUUGUGUGUAAAUUUAAUCUGUAAUAAAACAGUUCCCAUUUAAUAAAAGUCAGUAAGACCAUCUUGGGCUGGGUGAAGUUUUAUAAGAAACACAAUGUAAUACAAUGUAAGUUGAAGUUCUUUUUGUUCAGUUACUCAGUGUUGUUAUUUAUAUUCUUGCCGUCUUCUUCACUUUUUCUUUUUUGUGGUUUGGUUUUCUAGACAGAAAGAUAAGGAAAAGAUUAAGUUAACCUCUCUGUGAAUUUGUUUCAGUGUUUGAUCUGUUCUGUUGUUCUGCUCUGAUAAAAUAAAUCCAGUUGGUGUUGUAGUUGUAGUGCCUUUUGUUAUUCCAUUAUGUUCAACUCAAAAGCCAGCAGUUUUCUUCAACCUAAACUGAACUACUCAUUUAAGCUUAGCAGAAAGAGACUUGUCUUGGCUUUGGUGUGACUUAUUUAUAGGACCUGUAAUUCCAGAACUGGGAAGACUGAGCUCUUGUGUGUGGUCAAA